GAUUCUUCUACUUAUGAUAUCUUUUACGCACUUCUUCACCAACUGGCAACAACCUUUUUUUUUUUGUUAUUUUAUUAUUUCCCCACAAUAGAUAAAGUUUUCAAUUUCCUUCGCUCACUCCAAUACACUUUUGUCAUGUAACACAACAACCCACCCAUAUAAUUAAGUGCACAUACUAAAUGUGCAUUUAAUAACUGCAAUUAUAGCUUAAUUUCAUGUUUUGCACAUGAAUUUGAUAAAAUAGUAUCUGACAGAAAAAGUAGGAUUCUGUUAGAUGAAGAUUUAGUCCCCUCUUUUUUUGCCACUGUUUCAUCUUACUUUCCUACCUCGUCAGUAGUGGUGUCAGAAACAAAUUUGACCGUUGGGUCAAUCUGAUACUAAUCUGACUCGAAUCUGAUUCGACCUGUGAGUAAUCAGUCAUCAUAUGAAAUAUAGUAUAUAUACAAGAAGUCAGGAAUAGAUUUGAUCCUCACAAAAAAGUAGCAAUGGUACAAAAUAAUGAACCAUUAACCAAUACUAAUAGUACUUAUCCACAAAAGCAUGAUGUUAUCUCAGACUCAGGCCAAGAACUUCCUGUAACAGGCAGUGCAGGCAGUGGUGGCGCAGGCAGAAAAAAGCUGACCCUCCUUCCCCUGAUAUUCAUCAUAUACUUUGAGGUUGCUGGUGGUCCUUACGGAGAGGAGCCUGCAGUAAAAGCAGCUGGACCUCUACUAGCUCUAUUGGGUUUCACAAUCUUUCCAUUCAUCUGGAGUGUCCCUGAGGCUCUGAUCACGGCAGAGCUAUCGACGGCAUAUCCGGGCGAUGGCGGCUUUGUUAUAUGGGCUGAGAGGGCGUUUGGACCCUUUUGGGGAUCAAUCAUGGGUACUUGGAAGUUUUUUAGUGGAGUUAUUAACAUUGCUUCAUUUCCUGUUCUCUGCAUUGACUACUUGAAAAAGCUGUUUCCUGUCUUUAAUUCAGGGUUACCAAGGUACUUGGCUAUAUUUGUUUCAACAUUGAUGCUGUCAUUUUUGAAUUAUACUGGACUUACAAUUGUGGGGUAUGCUGCUGUUGUUCUUGGAGUAGUUUCAUUAUUGCCAUUUUUAGUAAUGUCUUUGGUUGCUAUACCUCAGAUUCAUCCUCAUAGGUGGAUUAGUUUAGGACAAAAAGGUGUGAAAAAGGACUGGAAUUUAUAUACAAACACUUUGUUUUGGAACUUGAAUUUCUGGGAUACUGUUAGUACACUUGCAGGUGAAGUUGACAGACCUCAGAAAACAUUCCCACUUGCACUAUUUGUAGCUGUCAUAUUCACCUGUUUAGCCUACUUGAUUCCCCUUUUUGCUGUCACUGGUGCAGUUUCUGUGGAUCAGAACUUGUGGGAAACAGGGUUUAUGGCGGAUGCAGCUCAAAUGAUUGUUGGGAAAUGGUUAAAAAUCUGGGUCGAAAUCGGUGCUGUUUUGUCAGCAAUCGGACUGUUUGAAGCUCAGUUGAGUAGUUGUUCAUUUCAAGUUCUAGGAAUGGCAGAUAUUGGGUUUCUACCGAGGUUUUGUGCUGCGAGAUCUAAAUGGUUUAAUACCCCAUGGGUAGGAAUAUUAGCAUCAACUGUAAUUACCUUAGGAGUUUCAUAUUUGGAUUUCACAGACUUAAUUUCAUCAGCUAAUUUUCUAUAUAGUUUAGGAAUGUUGUUGGAAUUUGCCUCAUUUUUAUGGUUAAGGAGAAAGAGACCACAACUGAAGCGGCCGUAUCGAGUGCCAAUGGGGUUGCCUGGUUUGGUAGUAAUGUGCUUGGUACCAUCUGUGUUUCUGGUGUUUAUAAUGGUGAUUGCUACUAAGACUGUGUUUCUUGUGAGUGGUGUGAUGACUGCUGCUGGGAUUGUUUGGUUCUUUUUCAUGAGGAUGUGCAAGUCAAGGAAAUGGUGUGCUUUUAGCAAUAUUCAAGUUGAAGAAUGAUUGGAAAUCCAAGGGAAGUAAUGGAAUGAAACAAUAAGAUUUUGCAGAUAUAUUGGGGAGUUGGAGCUUAAGCUUGUUUUACUACCUAUUAAAUGUCUAUUCAUGUUUGAUUUUAACUAAUAACUUGUCUUGUGGUUGUUGA